GUCCGCAAGGCCAGGCCCGCUAACCCAACGGGCAAUGCGAUCAUUGACGAAAGUCAAGAGGAGUUUUGAGGGAAGACAGGAGACCACAGCAUGGAUCAGGUUUUAUGGACACUCUGUCGCCCCGACUCAUCGCCCGGUCUUCUCUCCUUCGUUCUUUCGUCAACACCAGUUCUCACGGCCGGAUCCACUCUUUUAGUACUUUGUUCAUUACUUUGCAUCUCUGUAGCAUUGCCUGAACGCGUUGACUGCGUGCGUGGCUCGCACAGAGCAAGAUGGCCGACAUGGUGGAAACGAUCGGUAUACCGAUGACCAGGAGCGGCCGUGAUUCAAUGAUAGCGAUGUCAUGUCUAUGGCUGCUCUUUGCAACCACUGUUUUCUUUCGGUUUCGCGGUCGCAUGCGAGGACCUGGAUUAGCACUGGACGAUAUCUUCGCAGGCAUUGCACUGGUCCUAUCGACAAGUACCAUCGGGUUGAAUGCUGUGGUUUUCACGAUCGGAGUUGGUUAUGACUUGGAUAAGAACAAUGCUGAGAUGUUCCCUAAGCUGAUGCACAACCUUCCUGUUGUCAUGCAGAUAACGUUUGCCUUCACUUUGAUCUACAUCUGGUGUCUCGCAGCUCUCAAGCUUUCACAACUGGCUCUAUACCACCGCGUCUUCCAGCUCCAAUUGCGCCUUGCAGUCUAUAUCGUCGGCGGUAUAGUCGUCGCCUGGGCUAUCAUCUUCAACUUUGUCUUCAUCUUCCUUUGCGACCCUAUCUCGCAACAGUGGACCAUCGAACGAGUUGGACACUGUAUGGAUCAAAUGUUGCUGCUCAAGUGUCUGAUCUUGUCAAACAUGGCUACCGACCUCAUGAUCGUGGUAAUCCCAAUCCGCUGCGUGUGGCAGUUGCAAAUGCGAAAGACGGAAAAGCUUGCUGUACUGGCAUGUUUCGGCUUGGGUUUGGCCUGUGUGGUUAUUAGCAUCGCGCGUUUCAUCCUCAUAUAUACUAUUGAUCUUAUCGGCAACCUCACAGGUACAUCGGGAACGACCUUUAUGCUCUGCACUGUCGAGCUCAUGCUGGCCGGUCUCUGUAUCAACAUUCCCAUGUUACGGCCGUUCUACCUUCAGUGGCGCCAAAAGUACAAGAGCGCAUCAAUGAGCAAUACUGGAAGACUCAGUGCGAUCAAGAGGUCGAACACUGGUGGUCUGGGAUCGCAGCAAGCGAGGCCAGGUCACUACACUCAGUGGAUGGAGUUGCACGACAAAGACCAAACGAACAUCACUGUUACGGGCGACGACGCAAGUUCCGAACGAAAACUUACCUCAGAGCCACUACCGUUCGAUGCCAUCCAGGUCUCUAAAGACUUUACAAUUACCAGAAAUUGAGCAACUAGACACGCCAAUGUCGCCAUACACCGGAUCGAGAUAGGCACUUGAGUUCUGAGUGCGUCCCAACGAAGGGAUGAAGUGCUCUCUGGCAGGGCUUGGGUCGAUGCUCGGAUGCGAGCCAUCAAUAUCGCCCGUCUUAGGCUCGGAGUAUAUAUCUCCUACCAAAGCCGUCCAAUGCCGCAGAGCACAGUAUUAGUUACCCGCUAGUGCACUGCAAGAUAACUACAAAAAUGUCUAGCAA